GGUGUCUGUGCAGAUCAGUGCAAAGUGACAGGUCAUCAUCGCUACCAGACAGUGGAACUGAAUGAAAGUGUGUUGGGGGAACUGAAAAAGCUGUUUGAAGCCAAAGCAGAGCACGUGCAUCAGACGCUGGCGCUGCACUCGUACACCUCGGUGUUGUCCCGGUUGCAAGUGGAAUCAUAUGUCUACAGGUUGCUCAGCAGCUCGUCCCUGCUGAGAUCAGUGGCUCUUCAGCAGCAAGAACAAGUUUCAAAACAGUCAGAAAAUCUUUCUUCAGACUUGAGCCACUUGAAGGAAUGUAUCAGCGUCCUUUUCAGUUUCACUCGCAGAGUUAUCGAAGACCCUCAGUUUCAGAGUGACCUUCUUACGUGGCUGCAGAGACUGGUGUCUGUGUUGCAAAGAAUUGGCUGUCCAGGUGACCAUCUCUUUCUCUUCAACCACAUCCUUCGGUGUCCAGCUGGCAUCAGCGAAUGGGCUUGUCCAUUCAUUCAGAUCAAAGUCUUGGAUAACCCAUCAGGUGUUUUUCAUUUCAUGCAGUCUCUUGCCCUGCUUAUGUCUCCUGUCAAAAAUCGGGUGGACUUCAUGUGCCAUAUGAAGCCAAAUGAAAGGAAAAGUUCCUCUUCAUCUGGGAAAGAAUCUGGAAACUGGACCCUGGUAGAUGAAGGAGGAGAAGAGGAUGAGGAUCCUGAGACAAGCUGGAUUCUGCUUUUGGAAGAUGACUUGAUUGCCCUGUUGUCACAGUUUCCAUUUCAUGAACUCUUUCAGCAGUUCCUUGGGUUUAAGUCUGGAGGUGCUUAUUUUCCUGAAAAAACAACUCCCCAGGAGAUGAUGAAGAUUUUUGCUUUUGCAAACUCCUUAGUGGAACUUCUGUCUGCGGGGUUAGAAACAUUUAACAGAGCACGCUACCGACAGUUUGUGAAGCGAAUUGGUCAGCUGAUCAAGAUGACACUUUGUCAUGUGAGUGACCACUGGUCCCAAUACGUUAGCAGCAAUACACAAUAUGGAUCAGUAGGGCAUCCCUACUCUGUGGAAAAAUUGCAACUGGAGUUUGAUGAGCUGUUUUUUAGAGCUGUUCUACAUGUUCUGAAGGCAAAAAGGUUGGGAGUCUGGUUAUUCAUGUCUGAGAUGCCUUACGGAACCUUAUCCAGCAACAUGCUUUGGAGGCUCUUUUUUGUCAUGCACUGUGCAGAGAGUGAGCACCUGGAAAAACUCUGCUCUACUUUGCAACCUGCUGACUGCAAACAAAGACUCAAAGACCCAGAACACCUUGAAAAUUUUGAAAAAUAUCUCAAAUCAAUGAACUGCUCGGAAGAAAUUUGUCUGCUCACCACAUUUGCUCAGAUGGCACAAACCAAGCGGGCUGAUGUUGAUGAGGAUUUUAUCAAAAUAAUUGUUCUGGAGAUAUAUGAGGUGUCUUAUGUUAGUCUUUCCACAAGAGAAACAUUUUCAAAAGUUGGUCGAGAACUCUUGGGAGCAAUUGCCAGCAUCCAUACGCAGAUUAUUUCUGUACUGCUGGAUCGAGUUAGAGAGACCAUCGAGAAAGUUGGGAUGGUUUCUUUAUAUCUGUUCAAAGAACUGCCGUUGUACCUGUGGAAGCCUUCUUCAUCUGAGAUAGCGCUGAUUCGUGACUGGUUAUUAAAUUACAGUCUAACAACAGUGGAGAAUAAACUAGCCUGCAUUAUCUUGGAAGGGCUAAACUGGGGAUUUGGUGAGCAUGUCUCCUACUUAGCCAGCAUUGUUCGUUAUGGAGAAACACCAGAGACUUCCUUUAAUCAGUGGGCAUGGGGUUUGAUUUUGAGGUUAAAGCUUCACAGAAAUGACCGUGGCAUGCAACAUGGCUGGCCUGCGAUCCCUGUGUCUGACAGUGUGCUCGACAUGACGGAGUCGGUCACGCUUCACCCCCUCCUGAAGGCUGUUAAAGCAGGCAUCCCUAUCGGCUGUUAUCUGGCGCUGGCAAUGACCGCUUUAGGUCACAG